AUGGAAUAUGAUGAGGAUGAUGAUAUUUUCUUUGCAAAAUGGAUGAGCAGCUUCUGGGGCCACAAUUUGAUCGAUGAGGAGAAAGAAGGCAGAGGCCACAAGAAACGUCAGCCACGAGUCUGUAGCGAAAGGAGAUCAUCCCUGCCGGCCAAGCUUUCCUCCUUCCACGCAACACGACUUCAUGCUUCUGCCAAAGGCUCAUCUUCGGGCCACCUCAGGGGCUCCAAGGAAUUUCAAGACCAAGAUGUCAAAUGCCACUGCCACAGGAAGGCAAGCAGAACACCUUCAGCAGACAGCUCAUGUCCAGACACAAGCUCAAACUCCAUUCAGGAAUUUGCAGAGUCCUUUGAAAAGCAACUGCAUCUCAAAAGCAAACGCUCAGUUUCUUUGCAACCUGAAGGUGCAAAAGAGAGACGAGAAAGAGAAAAAUUGCAUUUGAGAAGAAGCAAGUCUCAUAAGAAAAUGGGAGAGAAAUCAGAUUCAAGGAGAGACCGAGAAGAAGCUGAAAGUUCAGAAGUACCUGCAAAAUACAGCGAACAGUUUCCAUUGCAAGCAAGCAUUCAGAAAGGUUAUGUAUGCACAGGCAGCUAG